AUGACUUGCUGGCAGCAUUGCCUUUUCAUCGGCGCCUGCUUGGCCAUCGUCCUCGCCAGUGUUGCUCGUGCGGACGGGCCUCCAUGCGACCUCGGCAACUUCCAGGUGGGCGAGAACAACCGUCAGUACAUGUUGGUGGAUACGUAUCGUGCCAAAUGGGAAGAUGCCGUCAUCGACUGCGCCAGCUUUGGGGCCAGUUUGGCUGACCCUUCCAGCCCGGCCGCCUUUGAAGCCAUUUCGGCGUUGUUUGACCAAUCCCCAAUCAAAAGCUUUUGGGUGGGCGGAAGAAUAUUGCGCCUCCCUCACUACGGUCGAGCCACCAGUCGAAGUCGUCAAGGACGUUCCCGGCACGUACUCGCACGAUGA